AUGCGGCCCCUCCGCUUCCUCCUCGCCCUCACCACCAGCAUCCUCGCCUUCCUGCUCCUCCUCUACCUCGGCCCCUGGCGCUCCCCCUCCUCCCCUUCCUCGACCCCCCACUCCCAAAACACCCUCACCUCCUACUUCAACUGGCGCACCCCGUCCUCGCUCUUCCCACCUUCCGCAAUCAUCAGCCUCACCGACGACAACUCGACCUUCUUCCUCGCUCGUCCCGCGGCUUUCGGCCCGCUGAUACCGGCGAAGAGUCUGAGCGGUCAACUGUGGAUUGGCAGCGGGUUUGGGGAUGAUCAUUUAGGCCGCACGGGAGCAGGUGGUGGGGGUUUGGAGGGGGAGUUGGGGUGUAGUGAUGUGCCCGGGUGGAGCGAUGGGGGAUAUGUUGGAUUGCAAGGGAAGAGUCUGGGGGAGGCGAAGAGUUCGUGGGCUGAGGGGCAGAAGAUGGCGGGGACGAAGAAGCGGAAGCGGGAUGAGGGUGUUGGGGACGAGGAGGAGGGGGGAGAAGAGGGGGAGGGGGUGGUAAGGGAUGAUGGGACGGAUGAUCAUUUGCAUCAUCCUCUGCCUGCGUCGGAUGGGGGGAGGGAUGGCGGAGCGAAGAAGGCGGCGCAUGCGGAUAUUCAGAGCUUGCAGGAGAGUGCCGAGAUUGCUGGGAAGGUGGUGCUGCUGAGUCGAGGGGGGUGUGGGUUCUUGGAGAAGGUCAAGUGGGUGCAGAGACGGGGAGGGGUGGCGCUGAUUGUGGGAGAUGAUAUAAGAGGAGGACCGUUGGUCACGAUGUAUGCGCGGGGGGAUACGUCGAAUGUUACGAUCCCUUCGCUGUUUACUUCGUAUACGACGGCGCACUUGCUUUCGAGCUUGAUACCGUCUGGUGGAGCGGUUGACAACAUUACUCCGGAGGACGCGAGGAGACUUGGUCUAGCAUUGGGCGGGAAGGCAGACAAGCAGGAGGGUGAAGGUCAGAACGGAGAGGCUGCGGACCAGCCCAACUUCACGACCUCCUCAUCCACGACGGGGCCUUCGAUGGUUUCGGAAAGCGAGAACACGCAGGACAGCGGCCACGACUCGGGCAACGAGCAGCAGGACCAGUCGCGGACUGGCUGGCUCUCUUCUUUGUUUGGACGCACGCGAAAAGUCUCGCCGGACACUCGAACAUCACGCAAAGACCAGGUAGGCUGGGUGCUACAAGAAGAAUUCGACGAUGAGGAAGUCUUGAAGUACGGCAAGAAGCAGACGACUACGAGCAUGGCAGCUGCAGCGCAGUCUAUUCCUCCUGGGAGUGACUCAGGCGACGGCUUCGUGAUUGGCGUGCAGGACUGGCGAGAUCCUGAUCUGGUUGCACAUCAGAGGGAGCAGCUGCAGCCACCAUCUACCUCUAUUGAGGAGGUGGCAGAGAGUAGCAGCGCCCCUCCGUCGGGUGAUCCAAGAGUGGACAGCAUCACUCCCGGCAGCGGCGAAUACGCCAGAUUGAUGCACGAUGCAGCCAAUGCACCCGAUGGACAGAACGACAACCACGACAGUACUCACUCAGACGAGCAACAGAACGCUGCCCGGCAUUCGAAAGGCUGGCUCAGCCGUCUCUUCCACUCCCCCUCACAACCCGACACACCCUCCUCCCCACCCACCACCCACGGCAAGGAGACAACCAUAUCAGCCUCCCACCUCAAACCCCACACCGCCAACGACGCCGAACCCCACACCGGCCUCUGGGUCACCCUAACGCCCACCUCCAUCUCCACCUCCCCCCUCUUCGACACCCUGCUCGUCCUCGUCGUCUCCCCGCUCGUCACGCUGACGGUCGUCUACGCCCUGCUCUUACUGCGCUCGCGCAUAAGACGGCGUCGAUGGCGGGCGCCGAAGUCAGUGGUGGAGAGGCUGCCCGUGCGGACGUACCAGACCAUGUCUAGCACCGGCACCACGACCUCGUCAGCUACAUCUUCGAUCUCCUCGCCCGCGAGCGCGAGCGCAACGACCCCGCUCCUCCCCGUCUCAGGCGCGCGACCGAUCCGCUCCCGUCCGCGUUCGCGCACGACGCCUGAAGGGCCCGUGGUAGCGGGUUCGUCUCUGCGCUCUGGAGAUGGCAUGGCGAGUCCGUCGCUGGAGCAAGUGGAAGAGAAGCAGCGGCAAGCGGGUCUGUCCGAGUGGAGGAGGAGGUACGGCGGCAAGCAACGGGAAUGCGUGGUGUGUCUGGAGGAGUACGUGGAUGGGGUGAGCCGGGUGAUGAGUCUGCCCUGCGGGCAUGAGUUUCAUGUGGAGUGCAUUACCCCUUGGUUAACAACGAGGCGGCGCACCUGCCCGAUCUGCAAAGGCGACGUCGUGCGCUCGCUCACCGGGCACUCAUCCUCCUCUCCUGCCCAGGGAGCCGACGAGUCCACCCCUCACGCCGAGUCACACGACGACGAGGAAGCGGAGGAGGGAGAAGAGUUACUGCAAGAGCAAGUGGCGGUCACGCGGAACGAUGACCCGGAGGCCGCGCAGCCGGUUAGUCGGGACGAUGAGAUGUUUGAGGAUUUGGAGAGGGGGGUUGGUGGGGGGAGGACGCGGUGA